UACAAAAAUGAUCUUUCACCCUUCACCUAUAACCCCGCUGUGACAGAACAAGAAACAAAUGGCUGCCUCCAUCCAGCGCACCGUGAGGGUGUUGUGUCGCCUGUCUCCUUCAGUUUUACUGCGACAGUAUCCGUCCAGUCUGCAGAGGCUUCCUCUAAGAUCAUGCCCGGGUCUGCCUGUAUCUGUCACCCCAGCUCACUUCUACUGCAAAGAAGCAUCGCUCCACGAUGAGCAUGCUGCUCAGGCUGCUGAGGAUCUUUCUCGCUACAAGGACAAACCCUGGGAAUACCUGGAGAGUGAAGAGUACAUUGAGAGGUAUGGAACCAAUCCGGUGUGGAGAGACUACAGGAGGAACCACAAAGGAGGCAUCCCUCCACAGAAGACACGCAAGACCUGCAUUAGAGGAGACAAGAUAUGUGGGAACCCCUGUCCGAUCUGUCGGGAUCCAAACGUUAUUGUCCAUCAUCAGAAUGUGAAACUGUUGCAGCAGUUCAUUAGUCCCCACACUGGCAUGUUGUACGACCCCACCCGAACUGGUGUGUGUAUGAAACAGCAGAAGAAGCUACACGUGGCGAUAAACACAGCAAAGGAUCACGGCUUACUUCCAUUCGAGAUCCCAUUUGUGGAGUUUUCAGGAGAGGACUACUCCAAUUCCCAUGAUGCCGUGGGGUCCACACCGCCUCCCCCGUCCCUAACCUCCGGUGACACCUGGUAUAAGUGGUACGGUGAAAUAACGCCUGAUGAAAACGAAGUGGCUAAAGUGAAGAAGACGUACAAGGCGUACUUAAAGUCUGCUAAUUAGUCCUGAUGGAUGUAUUUCAUGUGUAUUUCUUUGAACGUUUUCAUCCUCCAAAUAAAAAUGCAGCAACAAACAAAUGA